CCCUUUCCCUGCUACGGUAGCAGUUAGCAGCAGAGGCAAGGGGAAAAGAGAAGGUAAUUAAUGGAGAAGGCGGCGUUGGAAGAGCAGCAGCGAAAGGAAGUGGUAGAGGAGGAGUUGCCGGAGGAGAGGAAGAAGAAGCCGAGGAAGGGCGCGUACGGCUGGCUGAGAGAGAGGAAGGUCCGGGAGUUGGUCCAGGGGAAGCGGCGGCUGGUGGAGGUGCCCUACACCGCCACCCUGGCCCACACCCUCAACGCCCUCGUCGCCAACCGCGUCGCCGCCGUCCCCGUCGCCGCGCCGCCCGGCCACUGGAUCGGCGCGGGGGGCUCCAUGAUCCUCGAGUCCGACAAGGCCACCGGCGCCGUCCGCAAGCACUACAUCGGCAUGGUCACCAUGCUCGACAUCCUCGCCCACAUCGCCGAGGAGGAUCAUGCUGCUGACUUUGCCGCCGCGCCGGGUCCGGAUCUCGACGUUCGGAUGGCGGUCCCCGUCUCGUCUAUCAUCGGUCAUUCUCUCGAAGGGUUCAGCUUGUGGACCCUUAAUCCCAACACAAGCGUUUUAGACUGUAUGGAAUCAUUUUGCAAAGGAGUCCACCGAGCUCUAGUUCCACUUGAAAGUCGCGCAGAUCAUGUUGUUGCAGUAGAACUCGUGGAGGCAUCACCUGGUUACAGAAUGCUAACCCAAAUGGAUCUUUUAGCUUUCCUAAAAGAAAAUAGCCAGGAGUUGAAGGAUGUAUUGUCAUGCAGCGUUCAAGGGUUAGGAGCAAUCAAUGAGAAUGUUUUUGCUGUAAUGAAAUCUACAACAGUCAUCGGAGCUCUGAGAUCCAUGAGAACUGCUUCUCUGAAUGCUGUUCCUGUUGUCGAAGAAUCUCCGGGAGGUGGCCAACUGCUUCAAGAUGGAAGGGGAAAGAGGCUGGUCGCCACAUUUUCUGCAGCAGAUUUAGGGGGAUGCCCGAUUGGUCUGCUGCAGUCAUGGCUAUCGAUGAGCAUCAUGGAAUUUAAAGAAAGGGUGUGGAUGAGGGAGGGUGCCGCGCCUCAUCCUCACCAUAACACAAAACCUGCACCAAGGACGCUCAUUACAUGCGACCCUGGGACAAGCCUGGCUGAAGUUGUCGAGGAGAUGGUGGAAGGCGACGUUCACAGAGUGUGGGUCGUAGACCGAGAUGGGCUGCUCGUGGGGCUCGUCUCCCUUACGGACAUGCUGCGAGUUUUUAGAGAAUCUGUGCUGCUGGCCGACGGGGAGGCCGUUCCUGAUGUGCCAACUUCAUCUUCGCUCCAGAUUAAUUUUUAAUGGUGCUCUCAGGUAGCUGCUUCAACCUUCCUCUAAAUAGUGUUGUAUGAGGAAAUUUCGGAUCCUAAGGAUGGGAAACAGAUUAGCUGUGUCUCUUGACAACUGUUACUACAUACAUACAUACAUACA